CUCCCGCCCAGGCAGACCCCCCAAGCGCUCCCUGGGAGUUGCCAUACAAGAGAACGCACGUCUGCUGCCCCAUGGAGUUCCAGGCCUCUUAUCACCAGGACUUAUCUCUCCGACAGGUCUGACAGCAGCUGCCAUGGCAGAAGCUAUGAAGUUACAGAAAAUGAAGCUUAUGGCAAUGAACAGCCUUCAUGGAAGUGGAAGUCAAAAUGGAACAGAAUCAGAAAACGAGGAGCUCAAUUCUAAUGCAGGGGGGAGUGAGUCCUCCUGGGAUAAAGACAAGCUGCAGUCUCCCAUUACGACGGGAUCCCAGCACAGCAUCGGGCACCCCACGCUGUCGGGGCAGUCGAGCCUCGGUGGUGCACACCCCCUCAGCCCUCUGCAGCAGAACCACCUGCUCACCAACAGGCUAGAGCUGCCGUUCAUGAUGAUGCCCCACCCUCUGCUUCCCGUCAGCCUACCUCCCGCCUCGGUGGCCAUGGCCAUGAACCAGAUGAACCACCUCAACACCAUAGCUAACAUGGCUGCAGCAGCCCAAAUGCACAGUCCUCUUUCCAGGGCAGGGGCCUCUGUUAUAAAGGAAAGGAUUCAAGACAGCCCUUCCCCAGCUCCAUCUCUAGAAGACAGUCAGCGGCCUGGGAGCCACGCGUCCUCCCAUCAGAGCAGCAGCGUGUCCAGCUCCCCAUCCCAGCUGGACAACACACCAGACAGAAUUGCUAUGCUGACCAACAGCAGGGAAGGAGAACUCGUCGAUCAAGAAACUGGGACCAGCCUAAAAAAAAUACAAAAGGAGAAAGAAGAGGUCCAAAUUGCCAUUCCAAUAAUGAAACCAACCUUAGAUAAAGUCCAACUGGCUGGACAGGCCUUGCCUCCUGGAUUUCCGGCGCCUUUUCUUUUUGCUGAUGGUCUUUCAUCAGUAGAAACACUAUUAACCAACAUUCAGGGCCUACUGAAAGUGGCUGUGGACAAUGCGAGAGUCCAGGAGAAACAGAUACAGCAGGAAAAGAAGGAGUUAAAGAUGGAGCUGUGUAGAGAGAGAGAACUAAGAGAGAGCUUGGAAAGGCAACUCACAGCUGAGCUGCAAAGCAGAGCAACAAUUCAGAAACGCUUGAAGAAAGAGAAAAAGGCAAAGAGAAAAUUGCAGGAAGCUUUGGAAUUUGAGUCGAAGAGAAGAGAACAAGUGGAACAGGCGCUUAAACAGGCCACAUCAGGUGACGGUCUCAGGAUGUUAAAUGAUGCUGGAAUCCCAGAUAUGGAAAUAGAACACAACGGGACCCAACAUGACAGUGCAGCAAUGCAAGAAAACAGAACAUACAUCAAACCUACUAUUAUGUACUGAAGGAAACACCUAUUGUUGAAAAAUGUAUAAUGACCACUAUUUGAAGACUAUAUAGUUCAUGAAAAAACGUCCCUUCCAACCUUUGAUGCCUUCAGUACUGUGUGAAGAACAGGAUUUGUAGCAUGAAACUUGAAGGACAAUUUCAAGCAAUUUACUGUUGCUGCAUCAAAAACUGCCGUAUUAAGAAAUAUUGAGACUUUUUACAAGCUUCCCAUACCAAACCAAGCCUGUUGCAACAGAUCAUUUUUAGGUCCCCGGAGAUAGAAAGGAGUUUUAGUAUUUUUAAGCACAUACAGGAAUUAUUCCCCCCUUCCCACCCCUCCCCAAAAAAGGAACUUCUUUUUUGUUUGUUUUUUUUUUCCUAAGGAGGUAGCUAUUACUGUAUAGCAAUGGCACAAUGAUUUUAAGCCACAAAGGUCCUCACUGGCUGUACAUCAUACAAGUCCAGUUUAUCACUGAAACUGUUCAACAUGGAGCUGUUUCGAUUGUGUUUAUAAAUUAAGCUUUGUUUACUGAAGCAGAUACUCGAUAUAUAUUACGUUUUAAAAAGAAAUGUGUGUACAUUUUUUAAAAGAAUGAUGUAAAAAAUUGUCCUUUCAUUAGAUGACCAAUUCAAAAGUGUGAGCUAAACCCUAACAGCUGACGUCCUACGAGGAUUAUAAUUGAUGCUUUUUUUUAUGCUCAGUUCAGCUUGGCUUUUGGUCUUUUAAGAUGAAAAAAUGAAUAUGCAGUAGAGUGUUAGAUAAUGGAAACUUUUAAGUAUGGUUUCUCUGUUGUACCAUAUUAAGUUAAAGUACACCUUCUUUGUUAAAAAUGUUCUUGCUAAAAAUACAGUAUUAAAAAUUUUUUUGUUUGA